AUGUCAAGUCCAUCAAGUUCAACAGCAGCAGCACCAAUUAGAAAAAAGUCAAUUUUGGCACCACCCAUAAGAUUGUUGGAGAGUCUAUCGACUAUCAAUCAAGACGAUCAUGGAAAUACACCGAGACCAUCGAAAUCGAUGUUGCUGUUCAUCAGUGGAAUGCAAUCGUUCACUAAGGACGGUGGAAAGACCGCCGAGGAGAAACUGACCAAGGCCAACGACGAAGCGGUCAAGUCGGCCGACACCGAAGAGAUGGCAGUGACAGCACUCGGUCUUGGCUAUUGCUACUCGUUCGAGAGCGAGAAGUUGGAGCGAUCACUCGAGCACUAUCAACACUCACUGUCGCUCUGGAAGAAGUUGCACUCGGCACAAUCGAUCAAAUUGAUAGGAUUGCUCGGCGACAUCUCUGUAAUACAACUACAACUCAACCAGAAACAACCGGCACUUAACACCCUAUUAGAGUGUCAGAACAUCUACAAACAUGCCAACCAAGAUAAAUCAACCAACCAAGAAUAUCAAUCACUUCAAGAUGCAAUUAAAAAGUUACAACAAUAA